AUGUCUGGACGGUUCCAGGGCGAUGAUGGCUCUGGAUACAUCUGGCCAGAUGAGCAGGAGGUGAAGGGAAGACAACUCCAGCAUGAACAAUACCACCAAGAGCCCGAGAGCAAUGGUACCAAUCCCAAAACAGAGCUUGGGGGCCGCCCUACUCGUACUUAG